UCAAGGGUUGAAGAGUAUCAUCCCUUUCUCUCUCUUAUCUUCUCCAUCAACAUCAUCAAAGAUAAUCAAAGAUCCAACUUUUCCAAGUUGAACAAACAUGAGCAAGAGAAUUCGAGUCAUUUGCACUGAUCCCUACGCCACAGAUUCAUCUUCAGACGAAGAUUGCAACAACAAAAACCCUAAAUUACCCAAACGCAUAGUUCAUCUCCUCAAUCUCCAUCCCCCAACAACUCAACAACAAAAGACUGAGAAUCAGAAUCAGAAUCAGACCCAGACCCAGACCCAGUUCAAGAGAUUUAGAGGCGUCCGUCGUCGUCCAUGGGGUAAAUGGGCUGCUGAGAUUCGUGAUCCGUUCAAAAAGGUAAGGGUUUGGUUGGGUACUUUUGCUACUGGUGAGGAAGCUCACAGUGCAUAUAUUGCUAAGACUCUUGAGUUUGCAGCUAGACGUAAGGCAGCUGAAUCUACUGCUCAUAAUGUUGUGGUUUCUUCAUUUUCUGUUCUUGAAAAUGAAAUUGGGUGUGUGAUUGAUUAG